CUCAGUCGUCAAAAGCACUGAACUGGACACUGGUGAAGAAGAGUUGAAGUGAACGCAAGAUUUAUGGCUCCAUUGGCAUAUUCAUCGAGUUAAGGGAUCGACGGUGCGAGGCCAAACUUGUGGACUGGGUUCGAGAGGAGUCGCGGAGAACGUUCCAAAGAUUCCUGUAAAGCAAGUGGCUUGCGCGAUGGCCAGAGACUUUACAGGAAUAUUUGGAGUGAACCAAAUAUGUUUCGUUCGAGGGAAGGUAGGGAUGGUUGAAAACUCUUGUGUCGUCGUCGUCCUUGGCAUGUUGCGAUCAAGGAUUCAAAAAGGUUGCAGUAUUUCUUUCUUGGAUGGCGUGCCGUGCACAAAGGGUGGCGGGCAUCACUUGCUGCCGGGGGUCUUCAGGUCAAUGAACGGGUCCGUGUUGCGGACUUGUCCACGGGCCUAUCGCUGUCGCAAAGACGCAGCGCCCGCGACAGGAGACGGCACAGGACAGAGUGUUUGAGCGCAGGUCCAGGUCAUUCGCAUCGUUAUCUCGAUCGUGUGCGGGGCUG